AUGGUAAAUUUAAGCCCCUAUGUGCAUCUGCACUCGCAUUUAUUGCUUGCUAAGGAAGAUAUUAUAAGUGAUGGCAUUGAUAAUAUAGUUUUUACCUGUUGUAGGGAUAUUCUAAAAGGUGAAAGCCAUAAGGUUGUUGCGGAUACUUUGCUUGCAGCAGAGUUUAAUUUUGGCGAAGUAAACGAUGAAUCUGAUCUUUUAAAAGUUCUAAAGGGCGUUGUAUCGCAAAUGACUGCUCAAAAUGCACAAAAUUCAUUGGUGCUGGGUAUUGCCUUGCUACAAACAUUUAUCCAGGCGAAUUACACUGGACCAUCAGUACCUAUUAAUUCUAAUGAAAUCAUAUUUAAAAACAAAGAUGCUGAUGAAAACCUGCAUAGAUUGCUGGUUAGCUUGUUGAGCAUUAUGGGCCAACCAGCGUAUGAAAUGUGUUCAGAUCCCGUUUAUUUAGUGUUGGCAUUAUUAAUAUUUGAAACGGUUACUAAUGAGCCCAGUCUGUUUUUGAACAACCUAGAAGAACCUUCGCUUCCUGAAAUCUCUGCUUCUGAGACACCUGCUAUUGUAGCUGUUGGACAUUGGUGGAGGGCGCGGGCUUUGUUGGUACAGCUAUCCUUGGUUUCAGAAUCCAGUGGUUUCCAGCCUAUAAUUGCAUCCUCUAUUUUGUCAUCUGCUGAUUUAGUUGAAGCAAUUGCUAAAGAGCUUCCGGCUGGCGCGAGUGAUGAUUUGAAGAAACAGCUAUACAUUGUUUUCUAUUUGGAAAACGUAAAGUGUUCACUAGCAGUUAAUACAGAGCAUUUAUGUCUACCUUCAUUAAAGAAGGUGACAGCGCUUACCGGCUUGCAAUUAGUGCUUACUGGUGCUCGUGCCAAGAGAACUAAGUUUCAGCAAAAUACGCAUUCCAGUCUGGUUAUUUUGGCAAAGUCUUCAGCUACACCAGUUACUGAAAACUCGUCACUUGAUGAUAAGUCGCCAGAAAGGUUGCUGCUCGACUCUGAGUUUCUACUUGAAAAACCGCAUUUUGAGUCUAUUGGAGACGAAAAUUUGGAUCACCAAUUGGUGAAAAAGCAGAAGUAUGAUGAAAGUGAGGGUUUUGUUGAUGACAGAUUAUUGCCAGUUGCUAUCCGUCAAGAAAAUAUUCCUGUCGAGUUGAAGGAUAUAGAUCCUAAUAAUCAGCCGCAGUUAACAGACUAUGAUAACAUCCAGCUCUUGUUGCGCCUAUACGUUAUUAGACAGACAAAUCCUGCUAAAGAUCCUUUAGUUGAAGAAGAGCUAACUGGUCUUGUUUCAAGAGUUUUGUAUCAAGAGGGUCAAAAGAAUUGGACCGUCUUUUCUCGUGCUCUAUGGGAAAGGUCCAUUUUGGAAACUACUAAGGCCAAAACUAUUGAAAGAGGUAUCUUACAAAUGCAAUCUCUUGUGGAGGAGCUAGGACUUACCUAUAGCAACAAAAAGGUGGAAAUUGAGCCGCUCUCCGCAUCUGCCAACAGAUUAAAAUAUAUCCACCAAUUGCCAUUCUACCCUAGGUGGUCUUUGGAUGCGACAUUAGCCGAAAAGUUCAUGUCAAUGGGUGUCCUACGUUCUGCUGUUGACAUAUAUGAACGGUUGAAGCUGUGGUGUGAGGCAGCACUGUGCUACGCUGCUGUGGGUGACGAGAAACACGCUGAAGAUAUAUUGCUCAAAAGAAUCGAGGAUCAGCCAAACGAUGCUAGAGCUUAUUCCAUACUUGGUGACAUUAAGCAAGAUCCUUUCUUAUGGGAAAAGAGUUGGGAAAUUGGUAAGUACGUGAAUGCAAAAAAUUCCCUUGGUAAGUACUACUAUUCUCCACCACCAGGAUCCGGACUUGAACCGGACUACAAUUUGUCAUUAAAACAUCUCAACGACUCUCUGCAACGUUAUCCACUAAGUUUUGAUACGUGGUAUUUUUACGGGUGUAUUGGGCUGCAGUGUGGUAAAAUGGAGUUGGCAGCGGAGGCAUUCUCAAGAUGUGUGGCUUUGGAGCCCACUCACGCCAUGGCAUGGUCCAAUUUGAGUGCUGUGUACACUACACUAGGAAAGUUAAAAGAAGCCCAUAGUUGCUUGAAGAAAGCUAUUGCUUCAGAUGCACAGAAGAACUGGAAAAUAUGGGAAAACUAUAUGAUUGUAUCGUUCAAGUUAAACGAAUGGGAUGAUGUGCUACUAGCUUGUGAGCAUUUAGUGCAACUUAGAAGGGAUAACUCAGGGGAAGGUUCCAUCGAUAUUCCUGUAGUAGAAAAGCUGGUCGAACUAUUGGUUUCCGCUGCCUAUCCUGAUGAAGCAUCGAGGUUAACCUUUUUUCAGAAAUCUUGCAUGGAAUUUAUAUGUAAGACACUUCCUCAAGUCAUCACCACAUCUAGUAGAUGCUGGAGAAUCGUUGCUAGGGUAGAGCUAUGGCGAAAGAGACCAAACGACGCUUUAGUAUGCCACGAAAAGGCAUAUAGAGCAAUUGUUCACAAUCCAAGCCUUGAAACUGAUGAAUCUGUAUGGAAUAAUACAGUGGAUGCAUGUGAAGAGUUAGUUGCCGCUUAUGAAUCCUUGGGACAAAUGGAAGGUAAAUAUGGCGAAUUAGUUUGCAAGAAUUGGAAAUAUAAGGCAAGGUCUACUAUUAACUCCUUAAUGAGUAAAGGUAAAAGUUCUUGGGAAGAUACACCAGGAUGGGAUAAAUUAGUAGAACUACGUAGCAACUUUUAA